AUGCCGCCACUGCUUGAGAAGAUUGCCACGUUAGAGCUGGAAAUCUCCAGGACACAAAAAAAUAAAGCGACAGCCAAGCAUUUAGGCGACCUCAAGGCAAAACUUUGUGCCGCCAGACGCGAAUUAUUCAGCCCUGAAAAAUCAGGAGGAGGCAAAUCCAAAGGGUUCGAGGUACAAAGAUUUGGAGAUUCCAGAGUAGCACUCAUUGGGUUUCCCUCAGUUGGGAAGUCUUCUUUGCUGACUGCCCUUACCGGGGUGCAGUCGGAGGUAGCUGCGUACGAGUUCACCACGUUGACAUGUAUUCCAGGUGUCAUCAACUACAACGACUGCAAAAUUCAGCUGUUGGACCUGCCGGGCAUCAUCUCUGGUGCUGCGCAGGGCAAAGGCGAAGAAAUCAGUUGUCCAUGUGCAGCAGUGUUUUGA